CCAAUACAUUGCAACUGUGCACAAAAGCAAAAAACAUUUUUAGUAUGAAUAAUGCUACUCUUAUCAUAUUUGUAUAUUACAUUCUCAUAUCACUUUAUGUGGUAGAUGAAGUGGACAACCACAUCAAUUAAAAUUAAUUUAACAUUUUCUUUUAUUUUAUGAUUUAUUGACAUUUUUUUAAUUGAUGUGGCUAUCCACUUCAUGUGCGACAUAAGAUGGUGUGAGAAUAUGAUAUACAAAUGUGGUAAGAGUAGUAUUACUAUUCAAGUUCACCUUAUAAAUAUAGCACCCAUAUCACAAAUAGUAUAUGUAUAGCAGAAGCCUCUCCCUCUCUUUCUCUCAAAAAUUAAAGACAGAAAAUAUGGAAGGUCACCUUGUGGGAAAGAGCUCAUCAUCAAAAGCAGAAACAAAAGCUUCAUUUACAAGUGCACUAACACUUACCAAAUUGGGGGUGCCUCAUGUGCCUCAACGCUAUGUUCUUCCUCCUUCACUACGCCCAAACCCUUCUUCCUCUAGGCUCUCUACCACUCUUCCCAUUGUUGACCUCUCCUCCUUGCAAAGCCCUUCUCUUAGGCCUCAAAUCAUCAACAAUAUUCGGAUGGCUUCUAAGGAAAUUGGCUUCUUUCAGGUGGUUAACCAUGGAAUCCCGUCUUCGGUCAUGGAAGAUGCCCUAAGUGCUGCAAACGAGUUCUUCAACCUGCCUCUUGAGGAAAAGAUGCUUCUAGGUUCGGAUAGCGUUCAUGCACCUGUAAGGUACGGGACAAGUAUAAAUCAUGUUGUGGAUAGGGUUCACUUUUGGAGAGACUUCAUUAAGCACUAUUCCCAUCCUAUUUCAAAAUGGAUCCAUCUUUGGCCAUCAAAUCCUUCUUGUUACAAAGAGAAGAUGGGAAACUAUGCCAAGGCUGUGCAAGUGCUACAAGAGCAAAUAAUGGAGCUUGUCAUAGAGAGCUUGGGGCUAAACCCUAAGUACUUACAAGAAGAAGUUGAAAGUGGGUCCCAACUAGUGGCUGUGAAUUGCUACCCUGCAUGUCCAGAACCAGAGCUUGCCUUAGGAAUGCCUCCCCAUUCAGACUAUGGCUCCAUAACCAUCCUGCUUCAAAGUUGUCCAGGGCUUCAGGUCAAGGACCAGAACAGCAACUGGCAAUCGGUCCCGGCCAUCGAAGGAGCUCUCUUGGUUCAGCUGGGAGACCAAAUGGAGGUUCUGAGCAAUGGACAUUACAAAAGUGUUCUGCACAGAGCAACAGUUAGCGCUGAGAAAAGUAGACUUUCCAUUGCAAGUCUCCACAGUCUUCCUUUGGACAAGAAAGUAGGGCCUGCACCAAUGCUCGUGGACAAACAACAUCCACAGUCUUACAAAGAGUUCAGCUUCAGAGACUUUCUGGAUUUUAUCACAAACAAUGAUAUAGUUAAUGGAAGGUUUAUUGAUACACUCAAACAGAAUUAAAAUCCAUAAAGUAGCUAGAAUUAUAUGUAUUUUUUUUUUUUUUUAUUAAUGUAGUUUUGUUUAGGAAUCAAAGUCAAGUUUGUGCUUUAAUUUUAAAUAAACAUAUUAAUUUAAGCAUAAAUCUUUCUUAUUUGUUCAUCUAGCUAUCAUUAUUAUUAGUUCUAGAACUCAAUGUCCGGCAAUUAAUUGCUCUAGAUUUGGAAAAUAUCCAAUAUUGUAAUAGUUAAUUCAUUAAUUUGAUCUGAUAUUGUAAUAGGAUGAAAAUCUAAUAUUGUACAAAUUAAUAAGACCAAGAAAUUAAAUAUAUAAAAAAAAAACUCAAAAUUGGUGGAAAUUAAAUCGAGUACAAGUAACUUCCUUUUGUAGAAUUUGCUGAGAAAGUAAGG